AACCCCCCUCCCGCCGCCCCGCCCCCCACUCCUUCACGACAUCGUAGCAGCCUCCGGCCCUCCGCUCCUGAAAUCGGAAAAUGGCACUAUCUCCCAUCGCUCCGCCGCGCUCCGGCAGCUUGACCGCCUACGCUUUCUCACCGGCAACUACUUCAAAUGCCAAUUCUAAGAAGGCAUCAUCUUCUUUCACCAAUAUAUCUCUGCGUUCUCCCUUCCACCGCUCUUCUCCUCUCAAAAUUGAUUGUAGUUCACAAUGGAGCACAAGUGACAUGCCAAAUUCACAUGUAGCUAUUGCAAGUGCAGAGAAAACUCAGCUUCCCAAGGGUGAUAGUUGGAGUGUGCAUAAAUUUGGUGGUACUUGUGUGGGAAGCUCUGAAAGGAUACAGAAUGUUGCAGAUGUAAUAAGCAAGGAUACAUCAGAGAGAAAAUUGAUUGUUGUGUCUGCAAUGUCAAAAGUGACUGAUAUGAUGUAUGAUUUAAUAUAUAAAGCUCAAUCUCGGGAUGAUUUAUAUACGAGUGCAUUGGAUGCUGUUCAUGAGAAACACAAGUUAACUGCAGUAGAUUUACUUGAUGGAAGUGAUCUUGCAGCUUUCUUAUCAAAACUGCAUGAUGAUAUCAACAACCUUAAAGCCAUGCUUCAUGCAAUAUAUAUUGCUGGUCAUGCAACAGAAUCAUUUUCAGAUUUUGUUGUCGGUCAUGGAGAGCUAUGGUCUGCUCACUUGCUAUCUUUAGUUGUCAAAAAGAAUGGUCUGGACUGUAACUGGAUGGACACCAGGGAGGUCCUUAUUGUAAACCCUACUAGUUCUAAUCAAGUUGAUCCAGAUUAUCAAGCAUCGGAGGAAAGACUUGAUCAAUGGUACUCUAAAAACCCAUCUAAGACAAUCAUUGCAACUGGUUUUAUAGCGAGCACACCCCAUAAUAUAUCUACCACUUUGAAGAGAGAUGGCAGUGACUUUUCUGCUGCUAUUAUGGGUUCUCUUGUUAGAGCACGCCAAGUUACAAUAUGGACAGAUGUUGAUGGCGUGUACAGUGCAGACCCAAGAAAAGUCAGUGAGGCAGUAAUACUGAAGACAUUGACAUACCAAGAGGCAUGGGAAAUGUCAUAUUUUGGUGCUAAUGUCUUACACCCUCGAACAAUUGUUCCUGUGAUGCAAUACAACAUUCCAAUUGUCAUAAAGAAUAUCUUCAACCUUUCUGCACCUGGAACAAUGAUCUGCCAGUCCCCUGACAGUGAACAUGAAGAGGGACAGGGAUCAGAAUCCCUUGUCAAAGGAUUUGCAACAAUAGACAAUCUAGCACUCGUGAAUGUUGAAGGAACUGGAAUGGCUGGUGUUCCUGGUACAGCUAGUGCUAUUUUCAGUGCAGUGAAAGAUGUCGGAGCUAAUGUCAUCAUGAUUUCCCAGGCCAGUAGUGAGCACUCAGUAUGCUUUGCUGUACCUGAAAAAGAAGUAAAAGCAGUUGCUGAUGUUUUAGAAUCCAGAUUUUCUCAGGCUCUGGGUGCAGGGCGCCUUUCCCAGAUUGCAGUGAUCCCAAACUGUAGCAUUUUAGCUGCAGUUGGUCAAAGAAUGGCAAGUACACCAGGAGUGAGUGCUACACUUUUCUCUGCUCUUGCGAAGGCGAAUAUCAAUGUUCGUGCCAUAGCUCAAGGUUGCUCAGAGUACAACAUCACAGUAGUUGUUAAACGAGAAGAUUGUGUAAGGGCUUUACGUGCUGUGCACUCAAGAUUCUAUUUGACAAAAACAACAAUUGCAGUUGGUAUCAUUGGACCUGGGUUGAUUGGUAGUACAUUGCUUGACCAGCUCAAAGAUCAGGCUGCGUUCUUAAAGGAAAAGUUUAACAUUGAUUUGCGUGUUAUGGGUAUUACUGGAUCAAAGAAAAUGCUAUUAUCUGAGAAGGGUGUUGACUUGACAAGGUGGAAAGCGCUAUUAAGUGAAAAAGGAGAUAUUGCUGACAUGAAUAAGUUUGUUCAGCAUGUUCGUGAAAAUCAUUUUAUCCCAAAUACUGUUCUUGUAGAUUGUACUGCAGAUUCUUAUGUUGCAAGCCAUUAUUAUGACUGGUUGCAUCGAGGAAUACAUGUGAUCACUCCAAAUAAAAAGGCCAAUUCAGGACCACUUAACCAGUAUUUAAAACUGAGAGCUCUUCAACGUCAAUCCUAUACACAUUUCUUCUAUGAAGCUACUGUUGGAGCUGGUUUGCCCAUUAUUAGUACCUUGCGUGGUCUUCUUGAAACUGGGGACAAAAUAUUGAAGAUUGAGGGGAUUUUCAGUGGAACUUUGAGUUACAUAUUCAACAACUUCAUGGGAUCACGGCCUUUUAGUGAAGUGGUCAAGGAAGCAAAAGAGGCAGGUUAUACUGAACCAGAUCCCAGAGACGACCUAUCUGGAACUGAUGUUGCCAGAAAGGUAAUAAUUCUUGCUCGAGAGUGUGGAUUGAAGCUAGAACUUUCAGAUAUCUUGGUUAAGAACCUCGUUCCUGAGCCAUUAAGGGCCUGUGCAUCAGCCGAGGACUUCAUGCAGCAGCUGCCACAAUUUGACGAAGACUUGGCUAAGCAAAGGCGGGAAGCUGAAGCUGCAGGGGAGGUGUUGAGAUAUGUUGGAGUGGUGGAUGUUGCCAAUCAAGAAGGGACCGUGAAAUUACACAGAUACGAGAAAGGGCACCCGUUCACUCAGCUCUCAGGGUCCGACAACAUAAUCGCCUUCACAACUGAAAGGUAUGAGAAGCAGCCGCUCAUUGUGCGUGGCCCAGGGGCCGGAGCUGAGGUGACUGCCGGAGGAGUUUUCAGUGACAUAUUACGGCUCGCCUCAUACCUCGGUGCUCCCUCAUAAUUCCCUCUCGUCUUCCUUAGUAUCGCCAUUUUCCCAGUUCCUGCCAUCAAGUUUUCCUCCAUCUCUUCCGGACUUACAACAGUUAAUCCCAUAAGUUUUCUAUUUUCCUGUUUGGUUUUGGUUAUUUACAGAACAUGAGUAUGGCUUUGGAGUGUGUUGUAGAUGAGCAUGAUAUAUAUAAACACAUAUAUAUUGAUGAAGUUCUAGUGUUUGCUGUU